UCACAAUUGUCCUGGCAACUCAGAUAAACAAAAAAUAACUCUUCAAAAUCCCAUAGUAAAUAAUAAUGCCAUAAAUUGCUUAGUCUUUGCGUAGUUGCUGAAAUAGGUAAAGAAGACAAAUCAAUUUAGAUAAAAGAUUACUGCUUCUUUCUACUUGCUGAGUUUAAUAUUAACUUGGACAUUUCUGCAAUAACAAGAAAGAGAGACGCUGCAAUUUCCAAAGGGCAAUUUUAAAAAGCUUUGUGAAAUUCUGUAAGGAAGAAAAUGCAGAUUUCAGUUUUCAUAAUUGAUGCAUUUACCAACCAACCCUUUGGUGGAAAUCCUGCUGCUGUUUGUCUUCUUGAAGAUGAACUGGAAGAAGGUUGGCAUCAAAAAAUUGCUGCAGAAAUGAACCUCUCAGAAACAGCAUUCAUCAGAAAACUGCACCCCACAGAUGACUUCACCAAAAGUUCCUGUUUUGGAUUAAGAUGGUUUACACCUACAAAUGAGGUCCCUCUGUGUGGCCAUGCCACUCUUGCAUCUGCUGCUGUAUUAUUCCGUAAGAGCAGCAGUGGGGGAUUUGAACGUUCAAGAGGUCCGUUAUUCUCCUGACACAAAAAAGCUACUUAUCUGUCUCAGUGAGGCAUAUGAAAGGUAUGAUCUGGAGAAUUUAAAAGUGGAUGCCCAACGUCUUUUGUUGGCUGACAAGACUGGAAAAAUAAAAGGUGUAAUAAUCACAGUUAAGGGAGAUCAUCAUAAAAAUCCUGACAGCUAUGAUUUUUACUCUCGUUAUUUUGCACCAUGGAAUGGCAUUUCUGAAGAUCCUGUAACAGGAUCUGCUCAUGCUGUAUUAAGCAGCUACUGGUCACAGCAACUGGGGAAAAACAAACUAUGCGCAUUUCAGUGCUCCAGUCGUGGAGGAGAGUUGAAGAUUCUGCUCCGGCAAGAUGGAAGAUUAGAUAUUGGUGGACAAGCAUGUUUUGUGUUAGAGGGUUUUUUGGCUUUUUGAAAAAUAAUUAAAAGUGAUCAAUAAUUACAUGCUUCCGUUUGUUUG